GACUGACUGCUGGUGUUUCAGGAAGAAUGUACUGUUUGCUGUACAGAGUACACAGGGUUUAUAUGUCGGCCCUAACCAUGUAGGCUUGUGAGAGCAAGACACAUAGUCGCACUGUUUUGCGUGCGUGAGAAGUGUGAUUCACUUGUGUGAGUGCCAACGAAGUAGGGGGCACCAGCGCGGGCACACGGAUUUCCCUGUAGGAUACGCAAUUUUAACAGGCACUGUGAUCAAAAACUACGCAGCUAUGAGGGACCCUGAUUUACAUGGAUACAAUGCACACUCAAUGGUGAUUAUUACAGGAAGUUGAAGAUUCUCAUAAAGAAGACAUGAGAAGCCUGUGUUUGCUACACCUGUUUGCCCUCCUGCAAUCUCUGGCCGCAGAACCGUUUAGUUUAUUACCAACACCUAAGAAUGUGAAAAUUUAUUCAUACAACCUGCAACAAAUAUUGCGAUGGGAUGCUGUAAAAGUAGAAAAUACAUUGCAUCAAGUAACGUAUACAGUUGAAUACAAAACGUUUGUGUAUAAUUAUAGCGAGAUCUGUGUGAGCAUCAAAGAGACACAGUGGGAUUUCACCGAAAACAUAAACGUUAGUUGGAAUGUGAAGUUAAGAGUUCGCGCUGAAAUGGGACCUAUAAAGUCUGAUUGGGUUGAAACGCCGUGGUUCAUUGCACUACAUAACACUAUGCUUGGUCCCGUGAAGUCUCUUACAGUGACCGCAUCCAAGGAUGAAACUGAUAAACUUUUUGUUAAAUUUGAUCCUCAUUUAAUAUCCAUUUUAAAAGAGUGGGAUUUUAAUUAUAACAUUUCUUACUGGAAGGAAAAUUCCAAGGAAAAGACAAACCUAGUGGGAAAGGCUACAUAUGUAACAAUACCAAACCUGGAACCGGGAGUCUUGUACUGCGUGGAAGUGACACCUGAGUGUAUUGACUGUUUAAUUGUAGGACAAGUUAGUGAUGCGGUGUGUGAAAGAACAGCCACUCCAGAUUGGACUACUGAACUGUGUCUUAUAAUUUUUGCAAUCAUCCUGCUUAGUGCUGCACUGGUAUUUUUUUUUUUUAUAUACCCUCGUCGUGUCGUUAUCAAGAAGUGGUUAUAUCAAGAUACAUUAAAAAUACCCCAUCACGUGGAGAAGUUUUUGUUCAAUCCUCAAAUAGAUGCUCCCAUAGCUAUGGACCAAGAACCAUGUGAAGUUGUUGCCAUAGUGGAUGAUAUAAUGACAUCUUAAACAUAAUAUGAUGAUGGCAGCCAGUCAGCCACAGAAACCCAAGGGACAAAAAAAAAAAAAGACUUGCAAACAAUUUGCUGACUGUAGGAGCACCCGUCUUACUGCAUUUCAUAAAACAAAGGCCUAAUCACAAUCACUAACUUGGAGCUAAUAAGGACCUGCAUCAAAAUGGAUCUAAGACCGGAGAAAAAAACCCCACUUUGUAGACAAUGUUUCUCCUCAAGGUUCACUUCCAGCCCAGGCUAUGUUUUUAGAACACCCUUGUUUUUGGAAUAUAGUUACUGGCUGGCCAAAUACUGGAUGAUACACAAAGGGCCCUGCAGGUCCUAAUCGCUAUAUGUCGAUAUUAGAUCUCAGAUCUAUUGCCUCUGCAUGCAAUGCCUGUCUGACACCGAUACUGAACCUUUUUUCAGAACCUUGUUCCCGAAGCCCCUGUAAGCCACCUCAGAUCACACACAUUCAGACCCAAUAAGUGUUAAGGUGUUUUACGUAUAUCUACAGGACAGACAAAGAAUACUAGUUUGAGGAUAAUUCUAUUAGUUACAAUGUACGUUCAACUGAUGAUAUGUUCUAUCCUGAAAAUUGUUAGUAAGGAAUGUGCAUUGUAACUAAGAAACAAUACAGAAUAAGUAACCACUGAACACUUUAAAAACUCAUCAUAUUUAAUUAUUAUAAAUUCUACAAAAUGUUACAUUCAACUUUGUUUUUUCUUUCUUUUUUUGCGAUGUACCCCCCUCCCCCGAAAAUUGUCUGCAGACACCCAGGCAUACAUGAUACAGAUUUUUUUCAAACACUACAUGUUUUUUUUUUUUAUUGUCCCCAUUCUAUUUUCAUUUUCUUGCGCAUUUCAGACUUUUCAUACAAAUUAUUUUAUAACCUUACAUUCGAAUUGCAUUUAAAUGACCAGUAAAUACCGUAGAUUUACAUGAUCGACAAACAAAUGAUAAAAGACAAUGCAAUAGCACUUUAAAUGAGUAGUAGAAGUUAAAAUGCUGAUCAAACUUAGCUCUAUCCUUCUAUUAGAAACCUUAAAGGGACAGUCUACAUGAUUUUUGUAUUGUUUAAAAAGAUAGAUAUUGCCUUUGCUACCCAUUCCCCAGCAUUGCACAACCAACUUUAUAACCUAUACAUCUCCACCUGUUCCUAAGCCCUUGCAGGCCUCCUCUUAUCUUUUUAUAAGCCUUUUACAGCCAUUUUGCUCUCUCCCAUGGAGUUAUGCAGGAGUCAGCACUAAUUGUAUAAAAUGCAAGUUUGUAAAAAGAACUGAAAUAAGGGGGCAGUCUGCAGAGGCUUAGAUACAAGGUAAUCACAGAGGCAAAACGUGUAUUAAUAUAACCGUGUUGGCUGUGCAAAACUGGGGAAUGGGUAAUAAAGGGAUUAUCUAUCUUUUUUAAACAAUACAAAUGUUCAAGUAGACUGUCCCUUUAAUUAUUUUAUAGUUUCUCCUAUAAAUAACCUAUAAUGUUUAACAUUUUUUUAUGUCCCAUAAUUUAAACAUUUACUUGUUGUAAUGUGUAAUGUGUUAUGUUGUUUUUGUGAUGCACAAAGAGUAUGCAAUUUUAAACCCCUUUCCUAUUUACUUUUAUCAAUUUUGCUUCAUUCUUAUUGUAUCCUUUUUUAAAGAGUAUACCUAGGUAGGAUCAUAGGAGCUCGGGAGUGUGCAUGUGUCUUUAGCAGUUUAUGGCAGCAGUGUGUGCACUAUUGUAUAACACUGAUACAAACGCAGCUGCCAUCGAGUGCUAAAGUGUAUGCUCCUGAAGUCUUUACUCCCACCUAGGUUUAGUCUUCAACAAAGAUUACCAAGAGAACAAAACAUUUAAUAAUAGAAGUAAAUUGGAAAAUUGUUUAAAAUUGCACUCUCAAUUUAGAUAAAAAUGUAUAUUAAAGGGACAGUAAAGUCAAAAUGAAACGUUCAUGGUUUAAUGUGCCAACAUUGUUUAGUGCAAUAUUAAGGGCUAGAUUACGAGUGGAGAGGUAACAGUUACGUGCAAGCGAAAAGGGGUUAAUUGUGGCUGUUUCACCGUGUGAAGUUUUUCACUUGUAUUACAAGUUGAAAGUAAACGAGAUUGCUUGAGCGCAAUUGAAGUAAAGCAAGUCGGGUUAGCGCGACCUCAGAGUUCUGGUUAAAUGUUUUGCAAAACAAAAAAACACAUAAAAAAUACAUUACAAAGCAUAUUUACAUUAAUAAUAACACUAUCUAAUAAAAAUGACGAAAAAAUUGUGCACCAAAAUGUUAAGGGCUCAAAGAUAUGAGGUCUCAGGUGUUAGAAAACAAAACUGCAAAGAAUUUUAACAUAGAGAUACAUAUAUAUAAAUGUCCAAAUAUGUAUAUAUAUAUGUGUGUGUGUGUGUGUGUGUCUGUGUGUGUGUCUGUCUGUGUGUGUGUGUGUGUGUGUGUGUCUGUGUGUCUGUGUGUGUGUGUGUGUCUGUGUGUGUGUGUGUGUGUCUGUGUGUGUGUGUCUGUGUGUGUCUGUGUGUGUGUGUCUGUGUGUGUGUGUGUGUGUGUGUCUGUGUGUGUGUGUGUGUCUGUCUGUGUGUGUGUCUGUGUGUGUGUGUCUGUGUGUGUGUAUGUAUUCACAGACAUAUAUACACAUAAUACAUACAGUAUGUACACACUUUUAGACUUGUAUAGAAGUGUAUUGGGGUUCUUUUCAGUUAAGUAGAUGAGAACAUGUAAAACCGUAUUUAUGCAAUAUUCGUAUUCAAUAAAUUGUUAAACUGUGUAUUUACUGUAAAUAUUUCACAUUCCAAUGUUCUACACAUAGCAGAAUAUUUUAUUAGUAUUUAUAAAUAGAUAUUACUAUAUAUAUAGUGGGUAUGUAUAUAUAUAUAUAUAUAUAUAUAUAUAUAUCUGUAUAUAUCUAUACCUAUAUAUAGGAAUAGGUAUAUAUUGUACCAAAAUACCAUCAGAUACUGUACAUAUAGAAAUAUGUAUAUAUGAAUAAAUAGAACAUAUUUGUCUAUGUGAAGAACAUUGGAAUGUGAUAUAUUCAUAUUUUCAUGUCGGGUUAGCGCAAUUGAGAGUAUGGAAUCGUGUUUAUGUGCAAGUAGGGUGUCCCCCCCCCCCCCCCACACACACACACACACUUUUUUGCUCCAUUUACUUCUAUGGGGGAAUAGGCUAUCGCAUGUGCAAUAUCCUAAGUUCGCUCGUCAGGUUAGUGCACCAGCGAAAAGAGUUUACUUUUAACCUGUAAUACAAACACUACCGAGGCGCGCAAAAAGCUUACUUCUUCUUCAGUUAAUGCUCCACUUGUAAUCUGGCCCUAAAUGUUUAAACAGUGAUUUUUGUAUUUCUUGAUCGCAUUUGUGUAUUUUUGUGCACUAAACUCUCUGGUGUGAGCAUGCGUACAUUCCUUGUGCUGAGCAUGCGCACAUUCCUUGUGCUGGCUCCUGUUUUAACACAAACUCCAGCAAUCCAAGUGCUUCUCCAUCUCUGUGGUUCUUUCAUAAACUUGAACUUGAGUGCUGUCCCUAGUUUACUGCAUCACUUACUUUUUGCUGUAUCCCCCCCCCCCCCCCUGGCUUUGUCACUACAGUGCAUGGAUGGCCCAGCUGGGAGACUCACAUUCAUGAUCUUGUCAAUCCCAGAAUUACAAGUGCUCUGUCCUCAGUUCCUGCUACAAGAUGGCCCCCACUUCCAGUGUUUUGUAUCCAGCUUAACCUUACUAUUGUCAGUGUUCACAAAAGUUGUAGUCUACAUAUAGGUGUGAUUAAAUCAGUCUCAAAGGUAGAUAGCAGGCACCUACAGAUGUAGUGGGUAUAAGAUUGGAAACCUACUAACACUUCCCAUCUAGUAUUUAGGACCGGGAAGCUAGGGCGAGUCAGUGUGACCCUUGGAUGAAAGGAUGAAGUUAUAAAAGUACAGGGCAAAGUCAGUGUGGUCUGGGCUCUGAGCUGAGGCACAGUGCAUGGCUGGAUGGCUCCUUGCAGACAUUUACAGGGAAGGGAAUGUGACUGAAAUGACAGCUGUUUAAUAUCUAUAGAAAAAGAUAGAUUUAUAUAUAGUUAGUUUUUUACAUCUGUUUUAUUUUCCUUAUUUUCACAUUUGUUAGAGCAUUUAAUCUUAACUGUAGCGACUGCAAUGCUCUGUGUUCAGUCCUCACAAAGGGAUUAAACAAAUAGUUAAAAGUAUUACUCAGGAGCUGCAGAGCACCGCUGUUCUCGAGCAGAUACAGAGCAUAAACGAAUUAGCAGCAGUAGUAGUAAUACCCAUUAUUUGGUCACUAGCGCUAACAAAUUGGAGCAUGUAAUGUUUGCACUAUAGUGUGUUGUCUUUGCAUGCAUUUUUGCUCUGAUCAUAUUACAGAUGUUUAAAGGGAUAUUAAACCCAUUUUUCUCAUGAUUCAGAUAGAGCAUUGAAUUUUAAACAACUUUCUAAUUCACUUCUAUUAUCAGUUUUUCUUUGUCUUAGUAACUUUUGUUGAAAAGCAGGGGGCAUAUCCUUAGGAUUCGGCCCAUUUCUAGAGCACUAUAUGGCAACAGUUUGCAAGAAUGUUAUCCAUUUGCAAGAGCACUAUUUCCUGCCAUGUUGUGCUCCAGAUACCUACCUAGAUAUUUCUUCAACAAAGAAUAUCAUAGGAACAAAGCUAAUUUGAUAAUAGAAGUAAAUUGGAAACUUUUUUUAAACUGGCUCUGUCUGAAUUCCAAAAUACAUUUUUUGGGUUUCAUAUCCUUUAAAAAAAAAAAUCUCAGGUCUUUGCUGCUAAUGCAUGGGUUAUAUACAAUGAAUAUAGGUACAAGUUCUACCACUGUUAAAGUGAUGGUAAAUCCUAGUGCUUCAAACUGCUAGGAUUUAUCCGUGCAGCAAAUAAAAGGGACCUUCAUUCACAGCUAUUGGUGGAAAUGUCACCUUCAUUGAAAAAAAUUAGCUUUGCCUUAGGCGGCUGGAGAGGCUUAGUUUAGGUAUAACAGAGGAAGAAAAUAAAGAUACUUUGAUAGUUGAUUUAGUUAACGUUCAUGAAUGAAGGGCCCUUCUAUUCAUUGCACUGAUUAAUAAUAGUGUUUUUGAAACGCUUGGAUUUACCAUCACUUUAAGAGCAUCGGGUGCAUUUAGGGCCAGAUGCGUUAUUUGUACGCCACUUUGUAAUGUGCACUAGUAUUACAAGUUAUGUGUAAUGCGAAUGCGACCUCCGGUUCGCAUUACACAGAAGCAUUGUGCUCACGAGAGCGCUCUUCCAUAGGCUCCAAUGGGAGCCUCGUUAUGAUGCCGUCAGUGAAGGGGUAAGUAUCGCAGGGAUGGCGGCAUAUUUUAAAAUAUAAGUAUUAAUAUGUGUAUAUGCACAUAUUAACACAUAAAUAUAUAUGUAUAUAUUCAUAUACAUAUAUAUUUACUGGGAACACACAGUUCCUAUAGACCGCAAUGUAAAGGCACUCCCACCAACUUUAGAUCCCAAAAACUGCUUAUUACAGUUGUUUUUUAUUUUUUUUAAAAAAGGUACAUUUGCCCGUUUGCACGCGCACGAUAAUUUAGCGCUUCACGAAAGCCAUAGCACAUAGUAAGGCAGGUAAACUCAUUGGUUUCCUAUGGCUGAGUAAUAAUUAUGUACUUUGUUAGUAAUGGGUCAAGACCAAAAUCUGAGCACUUGGCAAUGAUAUUAAUUUGUAUUAUUUUCAAGUUUGUCCGCAUUGCCAUUAAUUGUCAUUUUUAUAUCUUAUUUUGUCAGGUAACUAAUAUUGCAGUAUUUGGGAUUUGAACCUGCAUUUUUGUAUGCAAUACACUCUUUACUGUUGUCAUUGCACCUUGUUGUACUGCCUGAAUAAAUACUGCUGAAACCGUU